CCAAUAAUGUCUGUGAUCCAGAUCACAUCCUUCAUCAUCAUCAUCAGCUCUGUGUUUCUACAGACUCACUCAGCUAAUGAAAUCUACUCUGCUGUGAUGCCUCAGACAGUAACAGCUCUGACAGGCUCUUGUGUGCAGAUUCCUUGCACAUUCAACAUCUCCAAUUUUGAGGACAAACAUAAGAGGGCAAAAUCUAUUCAUGGGAUCUGGCUGAAAAACAAAUCACAGUUUGCAGAAACAGACAGUUUUAUAGCUUUUAAUAGCAGUAAAAACAUCAUUAGAGGAUUCAGUGACAUACAGAUGACUGGAAAUCUCAGUGAAAGAAACUGCACCACUGUCUUCUACAACAUCAUGAAGAAUCAUUCAGACCGCUACUACUUCAGACUGGAAAUGGAGCCAGAUGUCUUCAAAGCAACAUUUAACCCCAAUCCAGCUGUUUCACCUGUUUCAUUUAAGACUGUGAGGAUCAAUGUAAGCGAUUCACCACAACCUCCUGAAAUUAAGCCCAAUGAUCUGACAGUUAUGGAGGAAACUACAGUCAAUCUGAAUUGUUCUGUUGAAGCCCCCUGCCCCCAACAACCUCCAAAAAUAUCCUGGUCUAACAUCCCUGAAUCUGCCAACAUUACAACACAGUUACAGGAGAAACCUGAUAAAACCCAGUUAGUGAUUUCAUACGUGACCUUCAAAGCUUCAUACAACGAUCACAGGAAGAACAUCUCCUGCACUGCUACAUAUCCAAGAAAUACAUCUGAUGACUCAACUGUGGAGAGCAGUGUGAUGAUACAUGUCUACAAGCUGUUGUCUCCAACAGAAAUUCCCAUCACCAUCAAUCCAUCUACUUCAGUCUCCGUUGGCACUAAUGUAACUUUGACAACACAGAAUCUAUUUGGCAGUCAGUCAACAGAAGAAAUCCAGCUCACAACUGAAGUUACAGGCAUUUCACAUGAACAAGGUGGACACUCUGUGCUUUUAAUUGCUGGUUGUGUGGGAGCAAUUGUGGCAGUGCUCACACUCUCUGCUAUUGGUUAUUGUACAAGGACUAGGACGAAGACACACAAGGGAGACAAUUUUGGAGAACACCUAAAUCAGGAAGAAACUAUUGACAGGAAAAGCACAUAUGCUACUGUGCUCACCAUAACCAAUGAAGACAACGAGAUCUCUGAUGAUCAAAGUGUGCCUGACUGUAAUACUGUGUUCAGUACUCCGAUCGACCACAUUACAGGAAAAGGUUCAACAGAAGACAACAGUGAAAAAGGUUCAGAUGUAGUGUAUGCGCAGGUCCAAGUGUUAAUCAAAAAACCAAAACCCAUCAGCGUUUUGCAUGAGGACAUUUAUGCUCAGGUGAAACAUUAAAAAAAUAUAUAUUUUUUUUACAUCUCACAGAAAAAAAUCCUAAAUGAAAAAGUUGUUAAAAAUGGGACUAAACAAUUAAAGCUAAUUUUGCUUGCUGUCACUGAACUAAAGAACAGUUUUUCUUCUUUAAUAUUACAAAUGUAAAUUUUGUUUUCCAGUAACAUUCUGAAAUUACUUGUUAGGCUAUUUUUUUAAUUCUUACAUACUGCUAAUUAAAUCUUCUGCUGUGAAAUAUUUUCCAUCUUUCAUCUUUAUAUAUAUAUUAUCUA